CAUUGUAAUUCUCGUGUCGCCCAAUCUUGCAGUAAAUGAAUGACGUUCCUGAAAAUCGUGUUUCCCAUGCACACUCUAUAGUGUUUCCAAUGUUUGCAAGUAAUUCCGAAGGAUCAAGUUAUUGUGCGAUUGUUCAGAAAUCAUGACGGGGUUUGUUUGUAUCUUGACUUGUAUGGUGGUUUUGAUCGUCAACACUUGUCCUGCACAAGGAAGUGUUUGUGAUGGUAAAUUGCAAAGUCUUUUGGGUGAUGUUGAGACAGAACUGGAUGCUGUCAAAGUGUCGUUGAAAAAAAAAAUCAAUGAUGCAAGGCAUUGCUAUAAUGGCGAUGGUUGUAAAACGGAGCUAGGAUUGAGAAAUGGUUUGAUUGGAGACUCUCAAAUUACUGCUUCUUCCUCGUAUGAUUCCAAUCAUGGUCCAGGAAACGCCAGAUUAUUUCGCCCAAAGAAUGCACCAAAUACAGGAGCCUGGUCUACUCGAACAAACAAUAUCAAUCAAUGGCUUCAAGUAAAUUUCUUAAAACGACAAAUAACCGGUAUCAGUACUCAAGGAAGACCUGCAGUUAGUCAAUGGGUUACAUCUUUCUCCUUGUCCUACAGCGACCUUGGAACCACAUUUACACCAUACACAGUAAAUGGUAACACUCAGGUGUUUCAGGCUAACACUAACAGCGAUUCUGUUGUCCACAAUAAAAUAUCACCUCCAAUUGUUGCCAGUUUCAUACGAAUUAAGCCGGUGUCUUGGAGUGGUUGGAUUUCUCUUCGUGCUGAAUUUUAUGGAUGUUUAGGUUGUAAAACGGAGCUAGGAUUGAGAAAUGGUUUGAUUGGAGACUCUCAAAUUACUGCUUCUUCCUCGUAUGAUUCCAAUCAUGGUCCAGGAAACGCCAGAUUAUUUCGCCCAAAGAAUGCACCAAAUACAGGAGCCUGGUCUACUCGAACAAACAAUAUCAAUCAAUGGCUUCAAGUAAAUUUCUUAAAAACGACAAAAAUAACCGGUAUCAGUACUCAAGGAAGACCUGCAGUUAGUCAAUGGGUUACAUCUUUCUCCUUGUCCUACAGCGACCUUGGAACCACAUUUACACCAUACACAGUAAAUGGUAACACUCAGGUGUUUCAGGCUAACAGUGACAGUGAUUCUGUUGUUCACAAUAAAAUAUCACCUCCAAUUGUUGCCAGUUUCAUAAGAAUUAAGCCGGUGUCUUGGAGUGGUUGGAUUUCUCUUCGUGCUGAAUUUUAUGGAUGUUGAUGAUUGGAACGUAACGGCUUCCUUUUUUUUGUUUAAGUGUAACUUAGAAGUAUUUUAUUGACUUACUGAUCAAUAAAAAGUUGAAAGCACUA